UGGGCCUGUAGUACCCCACAUGCAAAUCAUUGGGCCGGUAGUACCAAAAGGCUAAACUUUGGGCGGCCAAAACCGAAAAGGUUUUGGCGCGGGCGCCUUCUACCGUUUAUCCCGUCUUUUUUUGAAUUUUGUGAACGUCUCCAGCACGAAUCCUUGGGAUGCUCGGUGAUUCCAACACCAUUCGACCACUUUCCUCAGGGCAUAUAUAUUGCCAUGACAAAACCUCUGAAGGUGGCAGAUCGAAGCUCGCGGUGGCCUUCAGAGAGGCAGUGAGUGAGAGGCUGUGCGCUGCUGACCGUGUGGGUCGGAAGAUAGAGCAGGAAGGCCAGUCGAGGUACCAGGGGAAGGAAAGCCAAGGGAGGAGGAGACGCCAUUACGCACAUUGGCCUUCUUGCUCCCGUUUGCGGGGAAGAUUUCGUUUCGUUAGCAGCUCUGUGGGAGUGAAGAUGGCGCGCAAGGCAGUUCUGAUUGGCAUCAGCUAUGCCGACAACCGACAGAUUCCGACUUUGGACGGUCCUGUCCACGAUGUCCUGCACGCGAAAUCCGUUUUGACGUUAUCGUAUGGCUUCGCCGAGUCGGAUCUUUUUGUGCUUGUCGAUGAUCCGUGCGUCUACAAGGGCGGGGCUCUCUCGCCCACCAAGUCUAAUUUGUUGGCCGCUCUUGAUUGGCUGGUGAAAGGCGCGCGGGAGGGCGACAUUCUCUACGUGCAUUUCUCCGGCUAUGGGUCCCAGGUUCCGUCAAAGGCUUCCUUCGAAGGAUUGGAGGAGGUCAUCCUGCCGGUGGACGCGACGUGGGACGCUAGCGGUUUCAGGAAUUUCAUCACGCAUGAUGUGUUCUCGGAGAAGUUCGACUGUGUUCCGAAGGGCGUUAGUGUUGUCUUCGUGUUUGACACUGGAUUCAGGGCUGAUAAUGAAUGUGCGGCAGCUGUUCACCAUUACACGUGUCGCAGCCUGCUGAACAAGGCUGUGAGGACGAGGGGCCUCGAGAAUGUCGGCGUAAGGGCGGGCUACAGGAAGCUGAAGGAGGACGGGAGGUUCGCGGCGUUGAGAUCUGGGAAUCCUCUUCGAGACAUGUGCUUCGCUACUCCUUGUGCCUGGUUUGCCAGCGACGAACGACAGCCGAGCUGGGACGCGAAAAUCGAAGGGAAAGCUGUGGGCGCUUUCAGUUAUUACUUCUAUGGCGCCAUCAGCAACUCAUCCAACGGCACGGAUAUCACGAAUGACAGCCUUCUCUCCGCCACURCGCAAGCGCUCUACGAUGCUGGAUUUUUGCAGAAGCCCGUGUUCGCAUCCGUUGAUGCCGACGGCAAGCAGAAGAAGUUCCUUCCGCCCGUGCCUGCGCUGCCCGCUCCCGUCGUCUGCCCGGCGCCGUCGGAGCCGCAUCCUGUCUGCGGACCUCCGCGGACGGUCGAUAGUAUCGUGAGGGAUCUGGUCUGCGCUUUGGGUGUCACCGGUCUGGAUAUCGCUACUCGGAUCAGAGAGGGUUGGUCGAAGCUGACAGUAGAGGAGCAAGUCGUCAUUUACGAGUCGUUGUUCACGGCGGGAGGUGUGAACGCAGUAGAGCUGGGUGCGGAGCUUGCGGGUGAUAAGCGCUUCCUCCAAGCCAUCAAGUGUUUGGGUGAUGUGGUCUUUGAGAAAUGCUCUCGAUAUUCGCUUAGUUAUUGGGUCAAGUGUUCCCGCCCGAGUGCGAAUUUCUGCUUCAUCCCCCCCCCUCCUUCUGUCGUCCCUGUUUGCCCACCACCGUUUGUGUGCACGCCAGCCUGUCCGCCACAGCCUUUCUGCCCACCAGCAUGUCCGCCACCGCCAUGCCUGACACGCCUCCAGGAGCUCUCGAUCGCUUACCUCAAGAAGCACGUGGUUUCUGCCGAUUGCGAGCACAUCGUGGAGAUUCUGGCGACUCGAAUCGCUCUCUCCCAGUGCGCCGCCCUUACCGACCAACAGAGAGUUGUGGAUGAGCUUUCUUAUCUUGUUCAACCAAAGGCAUACGCCUCGAUUGCUGAUCUGUUCGGUGAUGCUCGCCCGCCCGCAGGUCUCAAACUUCCCUGUGCCGUCUGCGCGGAUCCGUGCACGCCGCCACCGGCACCGCUUCCCACUCAGGCAUGUGUGCCCCCUCCCCCUGCCGCACCGGCGUUUGUUGAGCUUGACGCUCGGCAGAGCUACUUCGUGAGUAGGAUUGUCAGCUACGUCAAAUGCUCCACGGAUGCCACGAGGGUGAAGGAUAUGGCCACGAAGCUCGCUGACUGUGCUGGCAUCGGGCUCACUGCGCAGCAGGCGAUCAUCGACGAGAUCGCUUCCCUGGUGGAGGCGGACGGGUGGUUCUCCUUGAAGCUGAUCUUUGCCAAGGAGGCGCCUGCUGGCUUGAAGUUCCCCGAGAAAUGUGUUGCGCCUGCUCCAGCCCCUUCGGUUUGUCUUCCCCAGGCAUGCCUUACUGCCGUCCAAAUCGCGACGAUGGAGAAGAUCUCGGACCUGGUGGAGAAUAUCUGCGAUCGUGAACUGGUGCGAGGAAUGCUGUUGAAGAUUGUGGAACCGUGUCCGUCAGACUUGGACCACAAGCAGAGCCUCGUCGAUGAGGUCGUUAGAUUGGUGAAGAUCGCAGCAAGGCCGUGCCUUCCCGCGUUGUUCGUGCCAGAGCCCCCAAAGGGUUUGAUUUUCCCUGCGGGAACCUUCCAKAAGGAUCCUUGCGAGCCGAAGGUASGGGGCGGUGUUUCGCUGACGGUGCGACAGAAGAAUGCGGUGGACUUGCUGGCGAGGUAUGCGUUGGGAGUGGGCGAAGUAGAAAAAGUMCGUGASCUGGCCACKGUGAUCGCGUGCAACAGCGACCUGACACGUGACGUGCAGCAGCAGAUCAUCGACAAGAUCGCGACGCUGGUGGAGAUCCGUGCCUACCCUGCUCUUCCGGAGUUGCUGAGCUCGGACGUGGYGAUCUCCGCGCUGGUUUUCCCUCCUGGGACGUUYGUCUCCACGUACGAGCUGGCCACCGGYGAGKCCCUGAAGGACYUGAAGAGUGMGGAGGAGAGCCUCCGGGAUCUCGUGUGCAAGUUGGGAGUGGAGGGGUACGAGAUCGGAAUGAAGGUGAAGUCGCAGUGGGCGACCUUGGAAGUGGAAGAACGCAAGAGCAUAUACAAGUCGCUGUACACGAAGGGCGGGCUGGACGCCGUCAAGGCGGCCGCUGUGUUGGGCAGUGAGGUGAACUACGUGGAGUUGCUGGCCGCYGCCGUUGGAUCAARCGUCUGCUGCCCGGCCGUUCCCCCUGUUCCCGAGGCGGAGCUGCCCACGGCUGUGCGGAAGAUCCUGGAUAUCCUUGUCCUGGGGGCGGGCAUCGCCGGCUAUGAUCUGGGUGUGAAGAUCCUGAAGGAGUGGAAGUUUUUGAGCGCCGAGGAGCGUAAGAGUGUUUACACGGACCUCCUCCGCCUGGGUGGCGUUGAGGUUCUGGCGGCCGGCGCAAAACUCGCCCGGGAUCGCGCAUUUUUAGAGGAACUGGUCGCCGUGGGCACUASUCUUUCGUCSAAGGCCAGCGUUGUUUGCGACACCUCGGCGGAGAAAGCCUCGCAGCAACAGCGGGAUUUGCGACAGGUGGUGGUGYUGGCCGGCGCUGCUGGAUAUGAAUUGUCCGUGAGGCUUCUGUCGGAGUCGCUCUCUGUCUCAGACAAKCGCGAUAUUUACUCAAAGCUCUUCGCAGAAGCGGGACUCGAGGCUGUUCGAUUGGGCGUGUCCCUUGCAAGGGACACCGCUUUCGUGGAAGAAUUGACGGUUAUCGUCCAGGACCUCACUGUGUUCUUGUGUAAGGGAGGGUACUUAGACGAGUGCCCCGCUCCGGCUCUUUGCGCUCCGAAGCCUGAGCAGCCCGCACCUCCGGCCUGCCAUCCCUGCGUAACUGAGUGUGUAACCAUCGCCACGGAAGUGGGGAAGGUUGCUUUGAGAGAGAUUGUUUGCAUCGCGGGCCUGCGGGGCUACGAGAUUUCCAUCCGUUUGGCGAAGGAGUCGGCCACAUUGUCGGCCGCGACAAAAUUGGAGCUAUAUGGUGAGUUGCUCCGCCAGGGUGGACUCGAUGCACUGAGGCUGGCAGCAGUGGUUGAGGGCAACCGUUGCUUCCUGGAUGAGCUGAAAACAUUCGGUGAGGAAGAUGUUCUUUCCCAAGUGCUGUGUGCAGGCAGUGAUUCGGCGUGCGACAGGCUCAGGGAGCUGAUUGGCCUGGCCAGUGUCGAAGGGUACCUCCUGGGUGUGACUUUGGUGGAGAAGACGAGCAUGCUCAGCUUGAAGGAGAGGUGGGAGAUCUAUGGCAAAAUCUAUGCAUUCGGUGGGCUGGGGGCGCUGAAGGUUGCAAUUAUUGCCUCCAAAGACAAGGAGGUGGCGGAAUCUCUGAAGGAAUUUGCUGACAAGGUGAAAGUGUCGAUCGUGGAGCUCGUGCUUGAGACCGUCUGCGUUAGUUCUGCCCCACAACACAAGCCGGAGCCGCCGGCUUGCACGGUCCCGUAUGCCUGUUGUGCUCCGCCGGCCGUCGUCGCAUCUCCUGCUUGCCUCUCAAUUCCACAACGCGAGGCUCUCAACUCGGAGCAGAAGAGAAUAAUCUUGGGGCUUUACUACCUGGCAGGCGAGGAUGAGCGAGUUAAGAUUUACGCAACGCAGCUUGCUGAGGAAGGAAAGGGGCUUAGCGAGGAGAGUAAGAGGAAGAUUAUCGGCCACAUAAUCUGUCGGACUGGGCUUGACGGCGUGGACCUUGUGCAAGCUCUGACCGAGGGGACGUGUUUGCUUUCUAGUGAAUAUUGUUAGGCCUCCACUCGAGUGGUCCAUUGCAAAUAAGCUGUUCAACGAGUUGCUAAGGUUAGCACUUGCGGCUAUGCUGGGUGUGACAGAGGCUGUAUUUUGGCCUAUCGAUCAAUACGGGAAGGUGAUCGGCGGAAGGCGCUGUUUAUUCUAUCUGGAUGUAUAGCGUCAUUUGCUAAAUUUAGCUACCGUCAUGUUUUGGUUAGGGUUGUAGAUAGAGUGACUGGAAAUAAUGAAGUUUUGACGCCUGGGCUGAAGGACCAGGGAGUUAAACGGAGCCGAAUCAGUCUUUGGUUUUAAACCGCGUCGAUUUUUUUGUAAGUCAUCGCGUUUGAAUCUUAUCUUGUUAGGCACUGUACUUAUUUGCGAAGGACUCCGUCUUCCUUAAUCAGUGGACUGCUGUCGUUAACGGCCUCAGUCUGUCCGGAGGUCUGCUUGCUGAAGCCUGAGAAGC